AUGAGUAACUCUAUAGCUGAAGCAUUCAAGAAGUUGAAUGUGACUCCCGGAGCAGAUCUCUCGGAGCACCAGCAGAUAUUUUCUAUUUCGUAUGACUACCUCACUAAAGUCAAGAACUACGACGAUUUGAAAGCGUUCAAGAACUGUUUAAUAUCCCUUAUCAAUCUUGACAGAUACUACAAGGCAUAUGAAAUCAUCCAGAAGAUCCCACAAGACUAUGUUGUUGCCUUAAUCUUGGAGAUCAGUUAUGUAUACUACAAAAUUGGCAAAUCAGACGCCUUAGUCGAAUUGUACAAUAGCACCAACAUUGACAACGAAGGUCUCAAAGUGGGAUUGAAGCACAUUUUAGCCCAGAACUAUUACAAGAUUGGUGAGUACGAAAAGGCCUUGGAAUUGUACCAUGACUUGAUCGAGAACAACAAAUAUGACAACAAGGUAGAUGUUAUCGUCAAUGAAAGAUCGGUGAUAUCCCAGUUGAACUUCUUCCACAAGACUGGUUUGCAAUCAACUUACGAUCACUCCGAAUAUGGUGACAAUUAUGACUUGCUCUUCAAUGAGGCAUUGAUCCAAUUAUCCAAUAACGACCUUAGUCUCUCCUUGCAAUCGUUGGAAAAGGCAGAGCAGAUCUGUGAAUCCCAAAACAUAGAUCUUUCUCAAGCAGACUUGAUUUCAGAAGUGCUUCCAAUUAAACUCACCCGUGCAUACGUCUACGAAUUACAAGGCGAGAUCGCUAAGAGCAUUGAAUUGUUGGACUCCAUUGAUGUGGAUGCAAUUCAAGAUACCAUUCUCAAGCUUAUUGUCAAGAACAACAAGUACCUGUUGACCCCCCAGACUCUCGACUUAAACUUGGUCGAACGUGACUUGGACUAUCAAACAGCUUUACAAAAACUCGGUCAAAAGCUUACCAAGUACCAAUACCAAAUCAUCAAGAAGAAUAGCUUGAAGUUGAGAUACGCCACCGGGACUUUAAGCACUUCGCAGAUCAGCAAUAAAUUCAUAAACCAAUAUCUUAAGGAUUUCACUGGUGAUUUGGUACCAUUGGUGUACAAAGUCUUAUUGAAGAUCGACAUAUCAUUCCAAGACCUUGAAGAUCAAGAACUCGACAAGCAAGUCGCUAAAAAGCUCCACAAACAUUUGAAUGCCUUGAGAAAUGAAUUCACAGAUGAAUACAUCGUAACAGUCUUGUUGACCUUGUUCGCUGCCAAGAGCGAAGAUUCGAUCAGCCGUGCUUACGGGGAGUUGAAGUCAGCUGUCGCUGUCAACUUGACACAAGCUAAGCUUGUGCCAGGGUUAAUAAGUGUUUUCUUGAGCAUCGAAAAGGAGAGAAAAGAAGGCUGGAAACAGGAAGACCGAGUGAUUGAACAUCUCUUGGCCACUGAAAAGGACACCUUCAAUGAUUUGCAUUAUUUCAACUUCGCCAAGACUGUGGCCUUGUUGAACCAAAAGCCUGGUGAACCUGCCACUCCGCUUAUCCAAUUCUUGUCUACUGUGAGACAGGAUAAAAUUAUCAACUCGGUGUUGAACCAAUCCAACGAUGAAUUGUUAUCCAUUGAGAGUUUAGCUUCGUCCAAGUCCCUUGAGCAAUUGGUGUCAUCGCAAGCUGUAGAUGAGUUAGCCUCCCAAAUUGUCCCCCAAAAACCCGUCCAUGAGAUCUUAGGAAAGACUAUCAAGAAAACCCCUUCAAAGGUCGUCAAAAAGCGUACCAAGAAGCAAAAGGUGCCUAAAUUCUCUAAGAACAAGGUGCUUAAGCCUGAAGGGGAGUUUGAGAUAGACGAGGAAAGAUGGUUGCCCAUGAAGUUGAGAUCCUAUUACAAGCCAACUAAGAAGGAAAGAAAGAAGCUUGGAGGUGGUCAUCAGGGGGCUCUUGAAUUUGGAUCUGGAACUUCAUCGCCAGCUCCCGAAUCACAGACUUCUUCGUCAAGCGGUGAUAAGAAGAAGAAAAAGAAAAAGGGUAAGAAGUAG